AUGAAGGGCAAUUACACCACAUGGAGGAAGGUUCUGGAUGAGUCUUUUAUUCUCACCCUUCGGUCGAGGGAGCCAAGUGAAAAAGGAGAUCACUUCAUCGUCUUCUUCGGCCUAUGGAUCCACAACCGUUGGGGCAUCAUCCCUUCGAUGCUGGACGAAUUGUGGACCACUGGAGUCAUCAAGAGUGGCGUCAGGAGCAUGAAGCAGCUCGGUGACCUUCUGACGCAGAAGGGACAAGACAGCCAGAAGGAGGUCGUCUAUGCCUUGCUUAUCGACGGUCCCUACAAAUGGUUCGAGGCGUGGGUUUUGAAGGAGGAGAAGACGAAGGGGUGGAAGAUGCUGGAGUAUCUCUAUGACGAAGGGGUCAAUGUCUUUCAUGGCCAAGAAGAGUCAGUCUACACUGAGUUUUCCAAAACUGACCAUAACAGCAAGCCUCGAGAUAUGUAUGAGGGCGCCAGGAAGGAGCUCGAAGAGGCCAAGAAGGAGAACGCACAGCUCAAGAGAGACGAAGGGGGCUGGCUGCGAUGGAGGUUGUGAUGCGAGGGUAACUAGGCGAGUGGUGCUAGCCUCUAUGUCAGGCCGUCACAGCUUUCCUCAGUCCCUUAGGCGGCCAUGAUCCUAUCCGCUUAGUGAGCGUCUGCGGUCUCAUCCUGUCGAUGUGCCAGGUCAACCCUUGAUGGGAUGGGCUAAAUUGUUCUCAGCCACAUAAUGCGAUGUGAGCAGCCGGGAUUGACAUGGAUGUGUACAUGCAUUCAGGUAUACAGACGGAACAGCAUUUAAUAGACGUUUCUAUGUGGUUCGUGAAGCCGACAGGCAGCUCACGUUGCGUUCUCAUGUGGGUUUUUCGUGAUUGGAUUACGUUGGGGAAUUGAUGAAUGAACGGUGCAAUCAAUGAAAAGUACCAGAGCUCC